AUGACAGAGAGGAACAAUGUCACAGAAUUUGUUCUUAUGGGUCUCACUCAGAAUCCUGGUGGGCAAAAAGCCUUAUUUGUCCUGUUUUCACUCAUCUACAUGGUGACAAUGGUGGGCAACCUGCUCAUCGUGGUGACUGUUAUUGCCAGUCCCUCCUUAGGGUCCCCUCUGUACUUCUUUCUGACUUACCUCUCUCUCAUGGAUGCUGGCUAUUCCACAGCUGUUUCACCCAAAUUGAUCAUUGACCUUCUCUCUGAUAUAAAGACUAUUUCCUUACCAGCUUGCAUGGGCCAGCUCUUCACAGAGCAUUUCUUUGCUGGAGCUGAGGUGUUCCUUCUGGUGAUAAUGGCCUAUGACCGUUAUGUGGCCAUCUGUAAGCCACUGCACUAUUUGACCAUCAUGAAUCGGCGGGUUUGUAUUAUCCUGUUGGUGGUGGCCUGGGUUGGAGGAUUUGGACACUCUGUGGUUCAGCUGGCCUUUGUGUACAGUCUUCCAUUUUGUGGCCCCAAUGUCAUUGACCACUUCAUCUGUGACAUGUACCCACUGUUGGAACUCGCGUGCACCGACACCUAUGUCAUAGGCCUCACUGUGGUUGCUAAUGGCGGAGCCAUCUGUAUGGUGGUAUUCAUUCUUCUCCUCAUCUCCUAUGGCGUCAUCCUGAACAAUCUUAAGACUCACAGUCAGGAGGGGAGGCGCAAAGCCCUGUCCACCUGCAGCUCCCACAUCACGGUGGUGGUUCUGCUUUUUGUUCCCUGUAUUUUCAUGUAUGUUCGACCUGUGUGCAACUUUCCCAUCGACAAGUCCAUUAGUGUCAUUUUCAUGGUCAUCACACCCAUGUUGAACCCUUUAAUAUACACCUUGAGAAACUUAGAGAUGAAAAACGCGAUGAAAAAGCUCUGGUGCAGAAAUUCAGCUAAAGACAGAGUAAGGAUGCAUCCUCCACAUUGA